GGAGCCCGGCCCGGCGCUGCGGACUCCGGAGAUGGAGGAGAAGGAGCAGCUGCGGCGGCAGAUCCGCCUGCUGCAGGGUCUAAUCGAUGACUACAAGAACCUCCAUGGCAAUGUCCCUGCCCCGGGCACCUCAGCGGCCUCCCGGUGGCAACCACCCACUUAUCACAGUGGCAGAGUUUUUGGCGCCCGCUAUCGUUCAGGCCGGAGGGCCUUCUCCUCCCACAAUGGGCCUUCAUGGCGCAAGAAAUACUCUCUUGUGAACCGGCCCCCUAGAACAUCUGACACAGCUGGUGACCGUGCUGUGCCCACGCUGCUUGGAGCUGGAGGAAGCCAAGGCCCUGACCCCCAGCAGUAUGUUUUUGAGAGACAGGUCCAGCUCAAUCCAGAUCAGAACAUGAUCAUCAAAAUCAAGCCACCAUCGAAGUCCAGCUCCAUGGGUGCUCCAGGAGCCCAGCGGGGCUCUUUGGAAGAGUAUUGUGACCUGUCCUGGAGUGACCAAAGACCCCAAGAAGGUGAAGGUGAGCCCCCUGGUGGGCAGCUGCCGACCUCAAGGCCAGGAAAUGCCAGGGGAAGCUACAGUGCAGAGGAACCCCUUCUGGUCUGCCAGAAGGAGCCUGGCAAGAACCGGAUAGUGAGGUCUGUGGGCAGCAGGAGUGGCAGUCCCCCAGAGCCCCGGCGGACAGUCAGCGAGAGUGAACUUUCUGUCAAAGGCCAUUUCCCAUCCUCCACGCUUGCCCACAGGGCAGCUCCUGCUUCUGCUGCCGGCAGCUGUGCCAUGCGCUCUCUUGAUGAGCGGGGAGAGAAUUCCGGCCUCCCAGAUGAGCCAGCCCCCUCAGGCUCAGUGGGGAGCCUGACAAGACCAGUUUCAGGGGCCAGGCAGGCCCGGGAGGCCUCUCUGCUUGCAUCUGGUAGAAGCAACAAGUUCCGGAAAAACAACUACAAAUGGGUGGCUGCCUCAGCGAAGAGCCCCAGGGCCGCUCGGCGGUCUCUCAGUCCCAGGACAACGGCGGACAGUACGAGCAGGGCUCCCUCUGGUAUCGCUGGAAAAGCCGAAAAGCCGCAAGCCAAAGCUGACCCAGAGGCCAGGUCCCGGAAGCUGUCUGUGUCCUCCAAGCCCGGGGCCUCCCAUAGCAAGUACAAGUGGAAGGCCUCCAGCCCCUCUGCUACCGCCUCCUCCUCCUUCUGCUGGCAGCCAGAGGGUGGCAGCAAGGACCACACCACCCAGCUUUCCCCAGUCCCAUCGAGAUCUCCAUCAGAAGACAGAUCAGCAGGGGGAGCCGGGAGCCUGAAGCCUCUCUUUGGAGAUGGCUCAGCAUACAAAGUGAAGAGCCGCACUAAGAUCAUCCGGAGGCGGGGCAGUGCCAGCCUUCCUGGGGACAAGAAGAACACUCCCUCGCUUGCCACCACCACCAGGAGCCAUUUCAAUCUGCGACGGAGACAGGUCCUCCGGGGGAAGACCAGCCCUGUUCUGAAGAAGACCCCCAACAAGGGCCUGUUGCAGGUCACCAAGCACCGGCUGUGCCGCUUGCCGCAGAGCCGGGAACACCUCUCCACCAAGGAAGCAUCCAGCAUGCACUCGCGGACCCCACCCACCAGCAAGGUGAUCAAGACCCGCUACAGAAUCAUCAAGAAGGCCUCCGCUUCUCCUCUCAGCAUCCCGCCCUUCCCCCUGACUCUGCCCUCUUGGCGGGCCCGGCGUACCUCACUGUCCAGGUCCUUGGUGCUGAAUCGCCUGCGCCCAGCCCACAGCGGGGGUGGGAAGCCCCCCUCCGGCUCCCCUCGGUGGCGGAGCAGAGGCUACCGCUGCAUCGGAGGGGUCCUCUACAAGGUGUCGGCCAACAAGCUCUCCAAGACCUCCGGCCGGCCGGGGGACAGCGGCAGGGGUCUCCUCCGCACAGGCCGCGUGGACACUGCUAGCAGCUGCAGCCGUUCGCUUGCCAGCCGGGCUGUCCAGCGCAGCCUGGCCAUCAUCCGCCAGGCGAAGCAGAAGAAGAAAAAGAGAGAGUACUGCAUGUAUUACAACCGCUUCGGCAGGUGCAACCGCGGAGAGCACUGCCCCUACAUCCACGACCCGGAGAAGGUGGCUGUGUGCACCAGGUUUCUCCGUGGCACGUGCAAGAAGACGGAUGGGACCUGCCCUUUCUCCCACCACGUGUCCAAGGAGAAGAUGCCUGUGUGCUCCUACUUCCUGAAGGGAAUCUGCAACAACAGCAACUGCCCCUACAGCCACGUGUACGUGUCCCGCAAGGCCGAGGUCUGCAAGGACUUCCUCAAAGGCUACUGCCCGCUGGGCACCAAGUGCAAGAAGAAGCACACACUGCUGUGCCCAGACUUCGCUCGCAGCGGCGUGUGUCCCCACGGCGCCCAGUGCCAGUUGCUCCACCGGAACCAGAAGUGCCCUGGCCGCCGGGCCACCGCACCCCCUACCCCUGCCCACAGCGACGGCGUCCCAAGGAGCAGGGCCUCGUCCGGCCACGGAUCCAGGAAGUCCUCCGCUACUCAGCGCCCUGCCAGGCAGACGCCCAGUUCCCCGGCCCCCCGGGCACUGACCCCGGCUUCUAGGGCCCUCGCCUCGGCCUCCUUGUCAUCAAAGGCCGCCGCCUCCUCCUCCCCCUCCUCCGGCUCCCCCUCCCUGUCAUUGGGGCCGGAGGAGCCGAGCCUCCUCCAGGAGGAGGCCUCUGCUGUGGGCAGCCUCUGCAGACUGCCUUCCUUCAUCUCCCUGCAGUCUUCCCCGAGCCCAGGCGCUCACGCCAGGCCUCAGACCCCCAGGAGCCCCGCUGCCAAGGACUCAGGGAGACCACUGCACAUCAAACCACGGCUGUGAGGCCUUGGGACCAGCUUGCACCUACCUCAGACCUUCGCGCUGGACAGGACGGAGGCUCUGCCCCCACGGGGGCUGUCCACCCCGGCUGGGUGCCCACACCAGGCCGCAGCACUGCCCACCCGGCUCUGGACCUUCUUUAACCUGUGUGCACCUAGGGCUCUUGCCCUGCCCUGGCCAGGCUCCCAGCCUCCCCUCCCUCUGGGCCUACGGCUUCACAUCCAGGACUUGCUCCCUACCUUGUCCCUUGGGGUGCCAGGCAGGCCUCACCCCAGCCUGUUCUCUGCCAUGACUGUGGCAUCAGCUGUAAGACAGGUAUCCCCAGCCUUCCCCACCCAGGACUCCUGCCAGGAGGGGAGGCCGCCAGCCAGGCCCCUGUGGUGGGCAUUUUACAU